AUGAGGCAACGCCCCCGUUCCCUUGGUAUUUAUUUACCGGAUUGGAAGAAGCAUUAUGGCUUGAACUGGGCCUUAGAUAUGUGUAUUGAAUGGUUUGAGUACGAUGGUAAACGCAGAAAUUUCCAGAUGGAUCUCACAAAAGACAUCCCCUGCCCAUGUAAAAUGUCUCAGGCCCUGCUUGAUCUUGGUAGAUAUAUGCCCAUUAUGGAUUGUGACAAGGAUGGCGAUACAUUCAUGUCCAGUCAACAAAGGAGCUCAGCACUGCAUUCAAGGCGUUCAGCCAAGGUUAGUCGG